AUGGUUCAUAGAGUUUUGCUCUUCUAUUCAGCUUGUAUAGCUUUGCUGCUCAUCUUACCUUUUGGGUCAUUUAGACCAAUUUCUGAAGAGAUCAUAAAUGGAGACCACAGUGAUAUUUCAUCGGCAGAAAUCAAUGCUGCACCCAUACUUCAGCCUCGUGGAAUGAAGCCAGAGACAGCUGUCCAGAUCGACAUGGAGCAAUUUAAACUAGCAGCGGACUAUCUAAUCGAGUUUGGGUAUCUUCCUGACGAGAACCUUACUGAUUAUGGUGUUCCUGACACACCUUUUAUCUCGGAGGACCAAUUCCCAGAGGAGUUUAUCAGUGGACUGGAAUGGUUCCAAAGACAAAAUGGACUGAAAGUCACUGGUAGACUGGAUGAAGAAACCGCAGAAGCAAUGAAGCUGCCACGCUGCGGAAAGCAUGAGCAGCGCAUGUCAUACAAUGUGGGAGCCAAGUGGACGAAAACCAUCGUUACCUACAAAAUCAUUAACACCACCGCCCAGCUGCCGGCUAAAUUUGUCAGAGAUGAGUUAACGAAAGCCCUAAAGGUCUGGGAGGCUGCGUCACUCAUUAAAUUUGAGGAGGUGGCUAUUAACAAAACAGCUGACAUUGACAUCUUCUUUGUGUCUGGUCUGCAUAACGAUGGACGGAAUAAUGCGUUUGAUGGCCCAGGCCGUGUUCUAGGUCAUGCCUUUAUGCCACCAUUCAGCAAGAGCAAGAAGGCCAUAGACGGAGACUUGCACCUUGAUAAUGACGAGAAGUGGACAAUUAAUGAAAAGAAAGGAGUGAAUCUUCUUCAAGCUGCUGCACACGAGCUUGGACAUUCCUUGGGUCUAGAUCACUCCACCAUUCCCGGAGCUCUCAUGGCCCCAACUUACAAAGGCUACAAUCCAUCAUUCCAUCUUCACCAAGACGACAUUGAAGCCAUUCAAUUGCUAUAUGGAAAACCUGAAGCAAAGAGUAACACAAGCUCAGCUGCUCUUCCCACAGUGAGUAGCUCCAAAGCGGUCACGCCUGCCGCUGGAAAGAAGGACACUUCUGCCAAAGUAGCCGAAAAUAAGAAGGACCCUAAAAAGCAAUCUAUAGUCAUGCUGUGUGGUGAAGAACCUAUUGACACAUUCAUAUCUACCAAGGAUGGCGCAAUUUACUUAUUUAAAGGUGAGUAUUUCUGGGACCUUAGUCAUGGAAAACUGCCAAUGACCACAAAAAAGAAAAACCCGCAGCUGAUUUCUGCCAAGUGGAAAGACCUUCCAUCCUCCAUUGAUGCAGCAGUGAGACUGCAAAACCCAUCUGCAGGCCAAGACGGGAAAAUAUUCUUUUUCAAGGGAAAUCAAUAUUGGAAAUACGACAAUGAUAAAAUGGAAGCUGGAUAUCCAAAGCUGAUAAAAGAAGGGUUCCCUGGUAUUCCAAACAGUGUGGAUGCUGCCUUUACUCAGCCGGCCAUUGUCGCAAAAGGAGGAAAAGUUAUCCGGGAGGAGAGGAUUUUCUUUAUAAAAGGAAAAAAAUUCUUCUUGUAUGACCCAGUCGCCGGGAAUAGCUCAAGCCCGCAGUCGCUGCAAGACGAUUGGGUUGGGGUGAAGCUGCCGAUUACUGCCGCACUCAGCUUGAAGAAUGAGAUGUAUCUCAUCGGCAAGAAGAAGUUCCAGAAGAUUCUCCUGCUCACCUAUUCACAGAAUCGGGUAUAUGGCAACAUUCACCAGGCUAAGAAUCUGGAUCAGCUGAUUGCGUGCGAGGCUACCAAAGCGUAGUUAUAUACAGCUCAC